AUGAGUCAAAAAGUGUUAAAAUUUGGUUCUGCUGACUUAAUAAAGUUUAUUGAGAUUUAUCGCAGUCAUGAGUGUUUGUGCGACACUGAAAAUGUGAAUUACAAGAAUCGUGAUGCACGUAGUGCUGCACUUGUAGCAUUUUCACAAGAAUCUGGAGUUGAUGGUUUGGGACCUAAGGAAAUUACAAACAAAAUAAAAAACUUAAGAACGCAGUAUCAUGCGGAAAGGAAAAAGAUAAAAGAUUCAAUGAGCACUGGUUCCGGUACUGCUGAUAUUUACAAGUCCGAACUCUCUUGGUAUAAUUUAAUGGAUUCUUUUUUAAGGAAAACUUCUGAACACAGAGAAACAACACCAAUAUGGUAA